AUGAAGUGCAUAUUCUGGAAUAUUAGAGGAAUUGCAAAUGCCUCUUCCAGACUUGCUCUCAAAAGAUUAAUUUCUGUUAACAAUCUAGACUUGGUUUUGGUAGCAGAACCUUGGAUGGACUUUUCUAAAUUCCUUCAAACUUGGCUUAAGAAGCUCAACCUUAAGCUAUUUGCCAUGAAUUACACGCAUCAUCUUUUGCCUAACUUAUGGUGCUUUUACAAAAAUCUGAGGAUUCUUAAAGCUAACCUAAAAGAGUGGAACAAAAACAGUUUUGGUAAUGUGCAGGAAAAAGUUAAACUGGUGCAAAAUGGCGACAGGAAAUUUGGUUGUGAUGAGAAAACUAUCAAAGCGGUUUGUGUACAAAAUUCAGUACAAAGGGAUCAGCUAGGAGGCAGUGAUAUAUAUGAAACAGUUCGUUCUGAAGUUAGGCGGGCUAUUUCUGAGAUUCAGAUUGACCUCGAAAGUGCUAUUCAAGUGAGUAACGCUACAGCCGUUACUGUCACCGAUAUGGCUGAUAUUCAUCCUGACUUGCUAAGCCCUGGUACAAUAGAAUUAGCAUUGGAGACUAGAAGAGAGUAUACCAAAAAGCUUGAAGAGGCCAAAGAGCGAGCUAGACGUCUUAGAGCAGAUCUGGCAGUUGAAGAACAUCGAGUGAGAGAACUGGAUAGAAUCUUGAGAGAAGUUCUUCCAUAUCCCAAGACUCCUAAUAUACCAAAGUCUCGUCCAUCAAGAAAAUCUAGCAUUGAAAGAAAAAGGAUGUCGAAACGUCUUGCAGAAGAUGCCAAGGCUUAUUUUGACGAGUGUGUAUCACUAUCAACAUUCGAUAGUUCGGACUUUUCAUCUCAAGAGGAUCCUCCGCUCAGUAUGGUUGGUCCACCUACUCCAUCUCGUUUAACCGAGGCAAGUUCAAAUACUCCGCUUUCAAAUUUCCAAUCCGGCACUCGAGAACAAUCACACCAUAUCCAUUAUGACACAAUGCAGCCACCAGCCAGCAUUGAUUCCGAGGAAGCUAUCCAUGAACAAGUCAGCUCAACUGCUGAUAGCAAAGAAACUGACUCUAAACACUGCUUCUCCUUUGCACAGAAACCAUCUGAAGGCACUACAGCUCAACAAGAUAUCCAACAAUACAUAAAAAAGUUUGAAAAAAGUGUUUCAAAGUUGCCAAGUAUGAGAUCAAGUUAUGGUGACAUGUGUGACUAUAGUUUCCAAUCAUCAGCUGAGAGCUUGUUGAUUGACAGGGUGAUGCUAAGAAGUAGAAUUGAAUCUGGUAGGUUUUUACUCUGUGGUGGUGGUAACUUUUGGUCACCUUGA